CGUCACACGCACAGAACCAACUCAAAUUAGCCUUUAGCAAAUCAAGCUAACAUGCAUGCUGCGAUUAUCUGACCUGUGACUGGAGAAUAACCUAAAAGUAAAGGUUUUUUAAACGCGGGCUUAUUUGCCAUUUUUCCUGCUUUAUCCCGGGGGAUUUUGAAGAAGGCUGUGAGUUUCUUGGUUCAGUGAACAUGUGGAGCUCAGGCCGCCGUGCCCUUCAGGAUUUGAUGCUCCAGCAGCAGACUGCUGUCAGGAGCUUCUCCCUCAGCCCUGCUCUGAAUACAGUGAUCGUGGAGAGAUGGUGGCAGGUGCCCUUAUCAAAAGAAGGCCGUCCGCCCAGGCUUCACCCUCGAAGACACAGAAUCUACAAACUGGUUGAAGACACCAAACAGGCUCCGAAGCAGAAGAUGGAGCUCAUCCUGGCGGCCACAGUUCCCAAGCUCGGAGUGCGAGGGGACACCGUGUUAGUGAGAAAGUCAGCUGGCAGAAAUAAGCUGCUGCCCCAAGGCCUCGCAGUGUAUCCUUCACCGGAGAACAAACACAUGUUUGAAGAGGAGAUAAAACUCCUGCGUGAGGGGAAGCCAGAGGAAAGAGUUCAAACCCGCUCUGGACAGUUGACAGUAGAGAUCCUUAAAAAAUCCCAUUUAAACAUUAGCAGAAUGCCUUCGGAGGAAUUCCAGGUCAAUAAAGAAGUGGUCUGUAGGCAGUUCAAAAAGAAGCUGGGAGUUUUUGUGCCUCCUCAUGCUUUGAGUCUGUCAUUUGAGUCGGUCAAGGAGGAGGGCGACUACUGGUGUGAAGUUACGGUUAAUGGAAUGGACAUAGUUCGUGUCCCUCUAUCUGUGGUGCCAUAUGUGGACCCAUCAGCAAUCUAUCAGAAGCAGCUGAAAGCGCGAAUAGCGCAGGCAGCCGCAGAUGCUGCUGCUGAGGACGAGGAGGCUGCCGUGAAUCUAGUGGACGAAGCUGCAGUGAAGUUAGUGUCUGAUGCUCCAGUGGAGGAAGCUGCUGUGAAGCUAGUUUCUGAUGCUCCAGUGGAGGAAGCUGCUGUGAAGCUAGUUUCUGAUGCUCCAGUGGAGGAAGCUGCUGUGAAGCUAGUUUCUGAUGCUGCGGUGGAGGAAGCGGCUGUGAAGCUGGUGUCUGAUGCUGCGGUGGAGGCUGAAACAGCUAAAGACUCUGUGGGUGAAGCUGCAGCAGGAGUCUCUGCUGCUGAGGAAGAAAAAGCAGCAAGUACACCGACAAGUCCAGACACAACAGCACCACCAAGUGAUAGCCCGAAGAAAGAUUAAAGGACUAAGAUGUGCAUAGAACUUUGAUGGAUAUUGUUUACCUGUAAUUCACAUGUAUAAAAUCAGUUGUCUGUAUAAUUAUUAAAUGAAUUAUUCAAAUAAUGGUGGAACUUUUGUAUAUUUCAUUUGAGCUGUUAACCAAAGCUGGAUAGACAAUAAAACACUUUUGUAAUCUAAAUGUAAUGCCUGCUCCAUUGUGUUUCGACGUGACCAAAAACCUCCAUUUGCAUUUGGAACUAUUGACCAAGACAAGGAAAAUAUGUAUUCAUUCAUUUUGAACACAG